CGCUGGGGCCGGGGGCGGGGCCGCUCGCAGGAGCCAAGUAGAGGCGAGGCCCGGCCGCCGUCCUUCCAGCUGCUGCCAUGGACGGGGCGCGCGCUGCCUCCCGCCUGCGCGUCGUCCUGGGCCACCUCGGCUGCCCCUCGGCCGCGGCCGUCAUAGCUCACCCCACUUCAGGGGCUGUUCCUUCUGCCAGUUUCCAUCCUCAAUUCCAGUAUACUCGGGAUAAUAAUGUUCUAAGCCUAGAACAGAGAAAAUUUUAUGAAGAAAAUGGGUUCCUUGUCAUUAAAAAUUUGGUAUCUGAUGCUGAUAUCAAACGCUUUAGGAAUGAGUUUGAAAGACUCUGCAGACAAGAGGUAAAACCAGCUGGAUUAAUGUUAAUGAAAGAUGUGACCAUUGCGAAAUCAAAAUAUGCUCCAAGUGAAAAAGUGAUUACCAAGGCCCAAGAUUUCCAAGAAGAUGAGGAACUCUUCAGAUACUGCACUCUCCCUGAGAUUCUGAAAUAUGUGGAGUGCUUCACUGGACCCAACAUUAUGGCCAUGCAUACCAUGCUGAUAAACAAGCCUCCCGACUCUGGCAAGAAGACAUCCCGCCAUCCCCUGCACCAGGAUCUGCACUACUUCCCCUUCAGGCCCAGCAAUAGCAUUGUUUGCGCUUGGACGGCCAUGGAGCACAUUGACCGGAACAACGGCUGCCUGGUGGUGCUCCCGGGCACACACAAAGGCACCCUGAAGCCGCAUGAUUAUCCCAAGUGGGAGGGGGGAGUUAACAUAAUGUUCCAUGGGAUCCAGGACUAUGAUGAAAACAAUGCCCGGGUUCACCUUGUGAUGGAGAAGGGAGACACCGUUUUCUUUCAUCCUUUGCUCAUCCAUGGAUCUGGUCAGAACAGAACUCAAGGAUUCCGGAAGGCAAUUUCCUGCCAUUUUGCCAGUGCCAACUGCCACUACAUCGAUGUGAAGGGCACCAGUCAAGAAAACAUUGAGAAUGAAAUUGUGUCGUUAGCCGAAAAAUUGUAUGGAGUGAAAGAAGGUGUCUCCCUGAAGGAUGUUUGGAGAUUUCGAGGACGGCUUGUGAAAGGACAAAGAGUCAACCUUUGAAACAGCUCUUUGCUAUAACUCUUUAAAGAAAUCAAAAUGAAAUAAGGUGUCUAAGGAAAAUAUUUUCUUGAUGAGAUGACACAAUCUUUUCUAUCGCUUGUUAACAAAUCAAAAUGCAUAUAUCAGGUACCUAAUCGCAUGUGGGUAAUUUUGCAGUGCAGUGGUGUUGCUUUCAUGAAUGUAAAAACAGCAAAAGUGAAAUGGUAUUCAUUUUAAGGAAAAUGAAGUUAGGGUUGCAGCCAAAAUAAAGGUAAUUCUGUAUAACUUAA